AAUUGAGAUGAACAUCGAGGUUGGAAACGUUUCUUAUACGGGAGCCAUCAUUUCCUGGUCGCCCUCAGAGCCGUGCCUGGAGGACUAUUACCAUAUUAUGUAUAAGCCCAAUUGGAACAGCAUCUUCUCUGGCUAUCUUCGCUACAGCUUCCACCACGAGGAGAAGGUGCCUCGAACAAUCAGCUCUGUGGUGCUGGAACACCUCACCCCUUCCACUCUCUACUUCCUGUGUAUCAGCUGCAAGAAGAUCCUCUUCCCCUACAGGCACUACUGCACCAUGUUCCACACCUUGGAUAAGAGUCCACUGGCUGCUGGAAGUUCCCUGGUGGACCCCCAGAUCUCCCUUUGGGUGCUGAUGGCCAUUCUGCUGGCCUGCUUCACGGCAGUCUUAGCCUUCAUCUGCCUCCAGUUCUGGUGUAUCCGUUGCCAUGAGCCUCGAUGGUCUUACAGAGCCGGCCUCAUGGAGGAAGCCAAUGGCCUGGUGAGAUGGCCAGAGGAGGCCCCGGGUCUGGGUCAGGGGGAGGAAGACCUGCAGGGGCUCCCCCUGGUGGAAGUGCCACGCAAGAACUCCGGAGCUGAAGCGGAACCAGACGCCUCAGCGGCUGAACAGGAUGCCCCUGACGUGGAUGCCCUGCAGAGGGAGGGCGGUGUUCAUCCUGCUGCACUGUCUCAUUUUGGGGAGUGA